AAUUUACACAGGGAAGCAAUAAUAAGAAGGAGAAGAUAUCUUGUAUAGAGUAGGAGUAUGAGAUGAACUCAAUAAGUGAUGAGGCUUGUUGAUGAAAAAAGAAGAUAAAAAAAAUUUAGGAAGCGUAGUAGGAGAGUAACUCAUCCACCCCUCUUGACUCUUCACCAACUUUGGAGAGUAAUUCCUCUCUGACUCUUCACCAACCACCAACAAAAGAAGUCCAGAAUUUCCACUUGGGUAUGAGGAGGUUUGGGAUUCUGUGUGAUUCCUGCUUGAGAGAACAGAUUAUAAUAAGUCCUCUCCUCAACUUGUUUCCAAUGGUAUGUGAAAAGAAUCUUGUUCAAUAACAGAUGUGUCCUGCUAAUUCCUGUAAUCUCUCACAUGCCACACUACCAGUUUUUUUUUUGGCGUUAAUGCUCACUUCUGGAUCAAAAGCAGCCUAAUUUGACAAUUUUAAAAGGGGAAGCACUGAUGGUGGGCUCGUGGUCCCUCUUGACUUGACUCUUUGAGUCUGAUCUUCCCGUGUCUCUCUCUCUCUCUCUCUCUCUCUCUCUCUUUCUGGUGAUACUUGAAUCCAUCCCUGUCGAUAAGGAUUUUCUUCAGAAUCUUAUCCCCUUUAUGGUUUUAUUAUGAGCCUUUGAAAUAAAACUAGGAAGAAAAACAGGGGAGAAUCAGUUGAUGAGAAGAGUCUCAGACUAAGACCAUUUACAGAAUAUCACAGAGAGAAUAGGGAUGGGGCUGGAGAUGGAGAUGGAGAUGGGUUCAGUGGAAGAUGAGAACGAGAACUCACAGGUAAAGCAAGUGGCUUUGACAGUGCCGACGACAGACGACGCAAGCCUCCCUGUCCUGACCUUCCGAAUGUGGGUUCUGGGGGUAGUGUCAUGUGUGUUACUUUCGUUCCUGAACCAGUUCUUCUGGUACAGAACAGAGCCCUUGGCUAUCACCUCCAUAUCUGCCCAGAUAGCAGUGGUACCUCUGGGGCAUCUCAUGGCAGCCACCAUCACAGAUCGUAUCUUCUUCAAGGGUACCCGAUGGGAGUUCACCCUCAAUCCAGGACCCUUCAAUGUGAAGGAACAUGUACUCAUCACCAUCUUUGCUAACUCUGGAGCUGGAACUGUAUAUGCUACUCACAUCCUCAGUGCUAUUAAGCUUUACUACAAGAGGAAGCUCACCUUCUUUGUUUCCUUCAUCCUCAUGAUUACCACCCAGGUGUUGGGGUUUGGAUGGGCUGGGAUAUUCAGGAGAUAUCUUGUGGAGCCUGCAGAGAUGUGGUGGCCGAGCAAUCUCGUGCAGGUCUCACUGUUCAGGGCAUUACAUGAGAAAGAAAAGAGGCCCAAGGGCCAGAUGACUCGCAACCAGUUCUUCCUAAUUGCCUUCAUGUGUAGCUUUGCUUAUUAUGUCUUUCCUGGUUACCUAUUUCCCAUGUUAACCUCCAUGUCUUGGGUCUGCUGGGUCUUCCCUACAUCCGUUCUUGCUCACCAACUGGGCUCAGGCCUUUUUGGUCUGGGCAUAGGUGCCUUUGCCUUUGAUUGGUCCACAGCUACUUCAUACCUUGGCAGUCCACUUGCCAGCCCUUGGUUUGCUACAGCCAACAUUGGUGCUGGCUUCCUCAUCCUCAUGUACCUCAUUGUCCCUGCUUCCUAUUGGCUUAACAUCUACAAUGCCAAGACCUUCCCCAUCUACUCUAGUAAUCUCUUCACCUCUUCUGGCCAAAAGUAUAACAUCUCUACCAUCAUCAACUCUAAUUUCCAGAUUGACCUCAAUGCCUAUAAGCACAAUGGCCCUCUUCACAUCAGCACCUUCUUUGCCAUUAGCUAUGGUGCUGGCUUUGCUGCCCUCACUGCCACUAUUGCUCAUGUUCUUGUCUUCCAUGGAAGGGAAAUAUUGGAGCUAAGCAAAUCAGCCUUGAAGGAGAAGAGGAAGAUGGAUAUACACACUAGGCUUAUGAGUAAGUAUAAGCAAGUGCCCCAGUGGUGGUUCAUCGGCAUCCUCCUCUGCAACAUUGCUAUGACUAUCUUCGCUUGUGAGUACUUCAAUGACCAACUUCAGUUACCAUGGUGGGGAGUCUUACUAGCUUGUUUCCUUGCCUUGAUCUUCACUCUCCCAAUUGGCAUCAUAUAUGCCACCACAAACCAGCAACCGGGGUUGAACAUCAUUACAGAGUAUAUCAUAGGGUACAUCUACCCAGGGCGCCCUGUUGCAAACAUGUGCUUCAAGGUGUAUGGAUAUAUCAGUAUGAGUCAAGCUGUAACCUUUCUGCAAGAUUUCAAGCUUGGACACUACAUGAAGAUUCCUCCCAGAUCAAUGUUCAUGGCCCAGGUUGUGGGAACCUUGCUAUCAUGUUUGGUCUACCUGGGAACUGCAUGGUGGCUAAUGGCUUCCAUCCCCAACAUCUGUGACACUUCGCUGCUGCCUCCAGACAGUCCAUGGACAUGUCCAAUGGACCGUGUAUUUUACAGCGCAUCUGUUAUCUGGGGUCUGAUUAGCCCUCGCAGAUUUUUUGGGGACCUUGGUCCAUAUUCAGCUGUCAAUUGGUUCUUCCUAGGUGGAGCCAUUGCCCCAGUUCUUGUUUGGGUUGCACACAGAGCCUUCCCUCAGCAGAAAUGGAUCCGCCUUAUCAAUAUGCCAAUCUUAUUAGGUGCUACAGCAAUGAUGCCCCCUGCCAGUGCGAUCAACUUCAGCACCUGGCUACUUCUUGGGUUACUCUCUGGCUUCAUCCUGUAUAGAUACCGGCAAAACUGGUGGCAACGCCACAAUUAUGUUCUCUCAGGGGCUCUAGAUGCUGGCCUUGCCUUCAUGGGUGUGCUCCUGUUUCUGUGUUUGGGCCUGAAGUCAAUCAGCAUUGAUUGGUGGGGAAACAACCUAGAUAACUGCCCUUUGGCUACUUGCCCAACCGCCGAAGGUGUUAUUGUUGAUAAUUGCCCUGUUUUCUGACUUAAAUUUGCAGAGGCUAAGAACUCAUUUGAAUGUAAAUAACUACGCAAAAUAUUUCAUAUCCUGCGAUUCUAUGGAUCUGCUUUCCGAAAAUUAAUCUAAGUGACAGAAACAAAUA